AUGACGAAAACAGUGUUGCCAGCUCUGCCACACCCAGAUUCAACCCUUUCGAUAUGGCAUCGGACAACGCGCUCAUUCCCGCACCUGCAUGCAAAUCGACUCAUCCCAGUGCCCGCAUCAACAAAAUAUCUGAUCAUAGGCUCGGGACUUUCUGGGGCGCUGACUGCGUGGAAGUUAGUUGAGAGUGGAGUUAAGGGUGAGGACGUUUUGAUCAUCGAGGCUCGAGAAGCAGUCUCCGGUGCUAGUGGGAGGAAUGCUGGACAUAUUCGACCUGACUCUUUUCGUGGGUUUCCUGAUUAUGCUGCAUUUCAUGGACCCGAUCAAGCCAAGAAAGUCUUGGAGAAUGAAAGGGCUGUUCUGGAGAGUGUUCGCAAAUUUGUCAAGGCGCACAAUAUUGAUAGUGAUUUCAAUUACAUGAGAACAUUUGAAGUUGCCCUGACGGAAGAGUUCGUCGCUCUUCUAGCUAAAGCCCUGGAGGAGUUCAAAGCUGCUGGUGGCGAUACUUCCCACAUCAAGUUCUACGAAGGGGAAGAGGCGAAACGAGAGACCAGAGUUCCCAAUGCACUUUGUGCUUACGAGUCUCCCGCGGCAUCGAAUCAUCCAGGAAAGCUAGUACAGUGGAUUUUGAAUGAUUUCAUCAGCAAAGAGGGUAAGUUAUGGACUCACUGUCCAGCAACCAAGAUCACUCGCGCCGAGGGCUCUACAGCUGGCUUGAGAUGGAAAGUCUCUACUCCCCGUGGGAUUGUGGCUGCCGAGACUGUUGUUCAUUGCACCAAUGCUUAUGCUUCGUACCUGUUACCCGAAUUGACCAAGUUCAUUUCGCCUCGUCGAUCGCAGGUCAAUUCAUUUGUCCCACCCCUUUCGCUUUCUGGUGAAUAUACUCUCAAGCAUACAAUGGCAUUAAGAUAUAAAGCAGAUCACUUCUUCUCCGUCAAUUCUUUGACUAAUGGCAUGGUCUUACUCGGCGGUACAGGGACUAAGAAUAGCUCAGAUAUGACAUCCGAAGAUUUGGCCUCGCUUGAUGAUUCGAAAUACAGCGAUCGCCUGGCAGAGAAUAGCACGAGGGAGUUUUUGAGCCUCUGUCCAGAGUUUGAAGCCACAACACUCCGACAUGGGGAAGGACUGGAUCACGCAUGGACUGGGAUCAUUGGUAUGACGGCGGACCGUGUACCGUUGAUCGGACCCAUCGAAGGUCUUGAGGGUCAAUGGAUUUGCGCCGGAUUUAAUGGCCAUGGAAUGGCUGGGAUUUUUACUUGUGCCCCUGGAUUGGUCAAGUUGAUGUCUGGUCUUUCUUGGCAAGAUACUGGUCUCCCAGAAUGUUUCCAAUUCAGUACCGAGAGAAUCUAUCGUUUCAUAAGACAAGUUGGAAAGAGCGCUCUUUGA